AGAGGAUUCGCGAGCAUGUGUCCUUUUUUUUCCCAGCUCGCAAUCAUCGUUUCAUCAUCUGGCGCGGACGAGAUCAACCGGUUCCACCUCCUGCCCAAGAUGACCCAGAUUUUUCAACCACUCUGGUGAGUUGCGCAAAUGAAUGAUGCGAUGAAGAUCCCCUGGUAUUAGGUACAGUACAUACAGUAUCUACUGUAUCUACUGUAACAUGUGCACUGCCGCCGCCACCAUCGCUCAACGGUCACUUUCCAGUAUCUAUUCUCUGUAUCUUUCCUCUCCUUUCUACCUGAUGUGAUACCCUGGUUACCUACUCCAUACCUUGGGUGAAAUAUACCAUCUACUGUAUACAUGCCUCCUACUCAAGUGCGCAGGAAGAGUCUUCACCUUUGCGGCACCGAGACAAAACCCUUAGAAGCUCCAUGACAUCAACGACAGUCCACAAUAACGGUCCCGCAAACAAACAAGACAAAAACAAGCAUCCGCAUGUUUACUACGCCGACUCUCUCCACACUUUGUCCAUAUGUCGCAAACCCAGUUGAGGACUCGCACCCGUGCGACGGUGGAAUACGAGCACCAAGCCGAAAAGUUGUCCCUCGAAGCGGGUUGCAAUGCUCACCACCACGGCGACAAUGAUGAGGAGGGCGCGCGCGGUGUCGCGGUUCAAGCCAACUUCAUCACGCCGCUCGACCCCGUGAUCGAGACCAGCGACGGCAACAGACUCCCCUCGGUGCCGGUGCAGGAGGCCCACAAGAUCAACAUCCUCAAAGCCAGGGCCGAAGGUCGCCCUCACCGUCCCAAGGUCCCACGCCCCAGAGGGUUGAGUCGGUUCGACGUUCGAAACGUCGAGGAGAACGACGUCAACAGGGAGGAGCUGCUGCGGGACGACCGCGAGAGCGAGACGAGUCGUCUGGAUGAGGCUCUUCCGCCGUCCCAUACCCAUCCGUUGUUUCCUCCUCUACCUCUGUACGGUCCUCCUACGUUUCUCCGCAACCUACAAUGUCUCACCUUCCGAUUCACAUCCUUCUUCUUGUCGACCGGGUUCCUGCUCGUCGUGGUGUUAGGGGCGCUGUUCACAACGAUACCGCGCCUGCUCAAAAGUCUGUGGCUGCGGCUGACGUUUCGAGAACACCACGCCAAACGGCCCUUUGUUGAGGAAGAGAAGAGAAGGGCAGACAUACGCAGGGAACAAGACCGAGAUUGGGUGGCCAGAAAGCGCAGGCGCAUUUCGGAGAAUAGACCAAGAGAAGACUCGCUGUACCAGGAAAAAGAGAGAUAUGCUCCUCUUGAAGGCGGACCGGACAAACUUGUCUGCGACAUCAGAUACUACGCUCGACGAGUCGGCCUCGACGCAGAAGAAUUUAGGGUGCAGACAGAAGACGGGUUCAUCCUUACUCUAUGGCACCUUUAUGACCCUAACGAAUAUAAACCUUCCCCGGACGGUCACCGCCGACCUAAAUCCCCAAAGAUCUUCCCUGAGGAGAAUAGCUUCCACCAACACGUCCAGACACAGUUCAAGGACGGAGAAAGGAGGUACCCCGUCCUGCUCAUCCAUGGUCUUUUGCAAAGUGCUGGAGCGUAUUGUGCCAACGAUGACGACAGUUUAGCGUUUUUACUGUGCAAAUCCGGCUACGAUGUUUGGUUAGGGAACAAUCGAUGCGGCUUCGAGCCUGAGCACAGUCUGCUCCAGUACAAGGAUCCAAGGAUGUGGGCAUGGAACAUUCGCCAGAUGGGAGUCAUGGACUUACCUGCACUCAUCUCGAGGGUGCUCGAAGAAAGCGGGUUCGAGAAGCUAGGACUCGUCUGUCACAGCCAGGGGACCACAGAGACGUUUGUGGCGUUAGCGAAAGAGCAGCGACCCGACAUUGGAGACAAGAUCAGCGUAUUUUGCGCGCUGGCUCCAGCUGUCUAUGCCGGGCCACUAAUCGACAAGAUGUAUCUCAAGUUCAUGAGAGUGAUUUCUCCCAGGAUGUUCCGCAUGUUCUUCGGCAUCCACAGUUUCAUCCCACUCAUGAUGACCAUGCACCGAAUAUUGCCAGGGCGGAUCUACGGUUUCAUGGGUUAUCUUGUUUUUUCAUUCCUCUUCAACUGGUCCGAUACCCGAUGGGACCGUGGAAUUCGAGACCGGCUCUUUCAAUUUUCGCCCGUCUAUGUCAGCGCAGAAAGUAUGCGAUGGUGGCUCGGACGGGAAUGCUUCACGAAGCAGAGGUGCAUUCUCGCGACGCGAGAGCUCGGACAGCAGGAGGAUGUCGAGGACCAAAGUGAAGAGGAGAGACGAGAAGAUGCCAUGUCAAAGGAAGCAGACCGCGGUCGAACAGCCUGGUAUGAUGACCAUGUGCCGCCGUUCGCUCUGUGGGUCGCUGGCAGUGACGACCUCGUUGAUGGGCGCAGACUGCUGAGACGCUUUGAGCGAGGACGUGAACCUCAUGUCAAUGUGGUUCAUAGCAAAGUCAUUGAGGAGUACGAGCACCUCGAUGUUUUGUGGGCAAUCGAUGCGGUCGAACAAGUUGGGCAAGAAGUUCGCCAGCUCUUGUGGAAGACAAUGCCGGAAGAUGCUCGAGGGACGUGUAGGAAAAUCUUGGGUGUGAAUGAGAAUUCACUUGUCGGCGACGGUCAAGCCAGCGAGCAAUAAAGGAUCUCGACUGGCUUGUGUCUUUUUUUCUGGCUGUCUUUGGCUACACUUACUCAUUGGAGUAUAGAUUGUACAGCGGGAGGAGUGGAUGGAUAUACGCGCCUAUGACCUUGUACCAUGUAUAGAUAUUUUAAUUCUGAUCGUAUGAUGAUACCCC